AUGGCCGAAGUACUCACUGGCAUUGCCGUCGCAACCGAGUCCCUCACCCUCUGCAUCAAGGCCAUCGUUGUCCUCAAAAGAUUCUAUGUGACGGUCAAAGAAGCAAGGGAGGAUCUCAACAAGAUCCUGAACCUGGUCGGACGAACAAGAAACCGCAUCGAACUCAUGAAGAUGACGCUCAUCGAGCUUCGAAAAUCGACUGACCCCGGUAUUGCUGCAGGCUUCAUCACCGCCUGUGAUGGGCUCAACCGAACUCUGGAAGAUCUGGUCCAAGAGGCAUCAACCAUUGCCAACGGUCAAUCUCGGUUUGGUAUUGCCAGACGGUUGAGAUGGUCAAUGAGCCACUCAAAGGUUGAGGAACUCGUUCGCAAACUGGCGGAACAGGAGAAGGAGGUUACCAACUCGUACAUGAUGCUCAACUCGUUAACCUCACUUCGAACCCAACAGGAGCUGCAGAAGCUCACCAGGUCAUCUGACGAACGUUCUGAGAUCACAGUUGCAUUUUGCCAGGAAUCGGAGGAGCGCUUCUCCGAUGUCUCUACAUUACGGAACAGCUCAGAAGAGCCCGCAACUAGGGUCCGGACCUGGCUUGGGCAUACCAUAACCGAUCACCACUCUCCGGAGUAUCUCCAGAUGCGAGACAAAUUAUCCGAAGCCGUGUACUGGGGUGACUGGGAAGUUGUCUUCAAUAAGUUCGAGGAAGGGUUUCAAACUUUUGGCGAACUCUGGGGGAAUGCGCCGCGAAUGAAAGAGCGAUCGCAGUAUCACAACCUCUCAAUGUGGACUCCUCUUCACCAGGCAGUCUACCACCAUGCGCCAGUCCAUGUCGUUGAGCGCUUGCUAGAGUAUGGAGCUUUCAAAACACUCCGAACAAGAAGCUCCGAGUUCAGUUUUCCCAACUUGACUCCGCUCGAGCUUGCUCACGAGAUGGAAGUCUUCCACCUCUACGACAUUCUCAGCCCAGUGGUAAAGCGACCUUUGCCUCCAGACACGCUGCAGAGAAUCGAGUACAACUUCCAUCGCCUGAUUCGCAGCGAGGUAGGACUGCGUGUUGACGCAGAAAAGCUCUAUCUCCCUGUCCUCGAAGCCCUCACGGAGCUCGAUGGAGAAACUGUGUGGUUCCCUAUCAAGUUUGGCUAUCCCGGUGCUGGCUACCUCUUCCAACUGUUGGGAAGAGAGCUUCAGGUCAAAUCCGUGAACAUCCAGGGCAAGGCUUCGGAGGUCCUUUAUCGCGUGAUGGAAGACGACAUUUAUGAGACUGACCAGAUUUUCAACUAUGCCGGUGACCUCAAACAGGAGAAAGACAUGAUUGUCGAAGAAGAUACCGCAGAAGCCUGGCCCUUCAAACUGGACGUUUGA